GCGCACUGCGGCUCUGCGCUUGUCAUCAUGGCGACGCGGGGCCAUGUGCAGGACCCUAACGACCGGCGCCUCCGGCCCAUCUACGAUUAUCUUGAUAAUGGCAAUAAUAAGAUGGCGAUUCAGCAAGCUGACAAACUGCUGAAAAAACACAAAGAUCUGCAUUGUGCUAAGGUAUUAAAAGCGAUUGGGUUACAGAGGACCGGGAAGCAGGAUGACGCUUUCGCCCUGGCGCGAGAAGUCGCCGCCCUUGAGCCCACCGAUGACAACUCCCUGCAGGCACUGACCAUCCUCUAUCGGGAAAUGCACAGACCGGAACUGGUCACCAAGCUGUACGAGGCAGCGGUGAAGAAGGUCCCCAACAGCGAGGAGUACCACUCUCACCUCUUCAUGGCUUAUGCUCGCGUUGGGGAAUACAAGAAAAUGCAGCAGGCUGGAAUGGCACUUUAUAAGAUCGUACCAAAAAACCCUUAUUAUUUUUGGUCUGUCAUGAGUUUAAUUAUGCAGUCUAUAUCAGCCCAGGAUGAGAACCUCUCCAGAACCAUGUUUCUGCCCCUUGCUGAGAGGAUGGUGGAGAAGAUGGUGAAGGAGGACAAGAUCGAAGCCGAGGCUGAAGUGGAGCUUUAUUACAUGAUUCUGGAGCGCUUGGGGAAGUACCAGGAAGCCCUGGAUGUCAUCAGAGGCAAGCUAGGAGAGAAGCUGACCAGUGAGCUCCGAAGCAGAGAAAACAAGUGUAUGGCCAUGUACAAGAAGCUGAGCAGGUGGCCCGAGUGCAACGCGCUGUCGCGGAGGCUUUUGUUAAAGAACUCAGAUGACUGGCAGUUCUAUCUGACUUACUUUGACUCUGUGUUUCAACUCAUCGAUGAAGCCUGGACCCCUCCUGCGGAAGGAGAACAUUCUCUGGAAGGAGAAGUACAUUAUUCCACAGAAGAAGCUGUUAAGUUCAUUGAAGAGAGGAUCCUGGAGGAGUCAAAGAGCCCCCGACAUCUUCGGGGCCCAUACCUGGCCAAGUUGGAGCUCAUCCGACGCCUGCGGCAUCAGGGCUGUAACGAUGAGCACAAGCUGGGUGAUCCAGAAGAGUUAAUGUUUCAAUAUUUCAAAAAGUUUGGAGACAAGCCUUGUUGUUUCACUGACCUGAAGGUGUUUGUGGACCUCCUCCCUGCCUCGCAGUGUACAAAGUUUAUCAAUCAGCUCCUUGGAGAGGUGCCGCUGUCCACCCCCACAGAAGAUAAGCUGGCCCUGCCUGCUGACAUCAGGGGACUGCAGCAGCACCUGUGUGUGGUACAGCUGAUGCGACUCCUGGGCCUCUACCACAGUAUGGAUAAGGAUCAGAAGCUGAGGGUGGUCCGGGAGCUGAUGCUAAGAUAUCACCAUGGACUGGAAUUUGGAACAUCCUGUUUGAAAACAGAGCUGCAGUUUUCAGACUAUUACUGUCUCCUUGCUGUGCACAUGCUCAUUGACAUGUGGCUAGAAGCAGGUGAAGAAAGGGCUGCGUGGCAGGCCCUAACAUUGCUAGAGGAGGGUUUGACCCACAGUCCUUCCAAUGCCCAGUUCAAAUUGCUGCUUGUCCGAAUCUACUGCUCUCUUGGGGCGUUUGAGCCCGUGGUGGACCUGUACUCCAGCCUUGAUGCUAAACACAUCCAGCACGACACCAUCGGCUAUCUUCUGACCCGCUACGCAGAGCCUCUAGGUCAAUAUGCUGCUGCCUCCCAGGCCUGUAACUUUGCACUCAGGUUUUUCCACUCCAACCAGAAAGAUACCUCAGAAUAUAUUAUUCAAGCCUACAAAUAUGGUGCGUUUGAGAAGAUCCCAGAAUUCAUCGCUUUUAGAAACAGGCUGAACAACUCUCUGCACUUUGCCCAAGUGCGUACAGAACGGAUGUUGCUGGACCUGCUGCUUGAAGCCAACAUAUCGACGACCUUAGAAGAAAGUGUCAAGGCCAUGAGUCUAAGUCCGGAGGAGGAUGACGUCCCAUGGAAAGACCUACGAGACAACAGAGACCUCCAUGUUUUCUUCACGUGGGAUCCCAAGGAGAGGGAUGUUUCUGAAGAACAUAAGAAACUCUCCUUGGAGGAAGAGACCCUCUGGCUGCGCAUCCGUUCUCUAACCCUGAGAUUGGUCAGCGGGCUUCCAACCCUCAGCCAUCCAGUGGAGCCAAAAAACUCAGACAAAGCGACGGAGAAUGGCGUCUCCUCGAGGAUCGAUACCAUCCGUUCACUCCUCCAGCAACUGGAAGGCGUGCUGGAUGCAGGGAAGCGAUUUGUGGGACGGAAGGUUCAGUAUCCUUUCCUCGGUCCUGUUCCCACUCGGAUGGCCGGCUUCUUCAGCAGUGGCUGCUGUCAGUGCCAGACUAGCUCCUUUUAUCUUGUUAGUGAUAUUUAUGAACUAGAUACCAAUGGCCUAGAGGAUACAACGGAGAUCCAGGAGAGAAUAGGGAAUAGUUUUGAAUCUUUACUAGAACAAUUAAGGGAAGCGUUUAGUCAGUGUAAAGGGGACAUCUUAGAAGUAGAAGACGGAAACCUGAAGACUCAUCCCAACAUCUUAGAAAACCUUGUCUUCUUUGUGGAGACCAUCUCCAUCGUCCUCUGGGUGACUAGUUACUGUGACAGCGUCCUGCAGCCAUAUAAAUUAAAUUUACAGAAAAGAAAAAAGAAGAAAAAAGAAACCAACACCCUCAUGCCACCUGUCUUCUCCAGCUUCCAGCACUACGUGGCCGGGCUCCAGCUGCUCAUCUCCAGUGUCCUGGAGCAUAUCAGAGGGCUCGAGGCUCUUCUGGCUGCACUUAAACUUGAAGAAUUGUCCCUAGAAGACCCUGCUUUUUCACAGGAGGAGAAGAAGUUCACUAAGACUGUGCAUGGGAAAGUGCAGAGCAGCUACCAGCACUCACUUCAGGAAAUUGGGGAGCUGCUGAAGAAGAGGCUGGAGACCAUGAAGAAGCUCAAAGCGUAAGCGGCGAGGCCUGGACUGCUCAGGAAGACCCCGGCCGGAGCACCGCCCAGCGCCCGCCACCGGGAGCCAGAGCUUCCUCCUCAAAUGCAUGAAGGACUUUGAUCUUGAAUUAAUUUUUUAGGUAUUAACUAUAUGCAGCUGAUUAAAUUAUUGUACAUAAACCGGAAGCCGAGCCCUCCCCUAGGUUUGACCACUUUUUAUACAUGUUCAUUAUUAAGCAGAUGGCAGCAGCCAGAGAAACCCUCCUUUUCUUCCUUUCCAUCUCCGGAAACUUCUGGGGCUUGUUUUAUGAAGCAGCAAUAGCAACUCACAAAGAAAAGCAUCCAGCUGUACAGCCCUCCCUGGGGAGGGAGAACGGGGGCCUGGCCCGGCCUUAGAAACAGCAGAAAGCAGAGAGACCCGUUUGCCUUGGGACCCGUCUCUCUUCCCCCUGGAGCUUCCCGGGGGUGGGGCCGAGGAGUCUCCGCCCUGGACGUGCAGCUGUGUCCCUGGCGUCAGUGCCAGCCGUCCGGGCACGAAAGAAAGCAGCUCUGGCUGCACCAGCCUCUGGCCCCCACCCUGUGCCUGCCUUUGAAAUCCGAACCAGGGAUAGGGAGGCAGAGGAAGCAGCUGUCCAGGGCAGAGAGAGGAGCAUGGACCAUCUCCAAGCCCACUCCCGACUAGCCCAGCCUCUCGUCUACGGUUUGGGAAUGGCAUGACGGGAAUCACUGUUGGAAAGCCAGAGACGUGAUGUGCAUAAUUUGCGCAGUGAAGCCCCAUACCACUGUCACUGAUUUCUUCAGUCAUAUACUACAAUCAGUUCAUGAAUUAAAAACUAAAAAAGGUGCUUGAAAAUGAAGACUUAGUGCUUGAAGGCCUUUACUAGUGGGGGGCGGGGCAGGGAGGGAGGGGGCAGAGCCUUGGGCAAUGUCCAAGGCUUUCA